CCUCGAUUGACGUGCCCGCGACACAUUACUAAUUGACCGUGAGACGAAACAGACGUCGACACAGGCGCAUUGCGCCAUCCGCUCAUUAAAUAGCUGGAGUCAAGGUCUCCCGUUCCGCUUGAUUACUUUUUCCUUUCCUUUCUUUCCAUGCUGAGGACCUCCCUUGGAUCCUGUCGUUCUCUGUUCACGAAACCAGCUCCCCCCAGCUCCCGACCAACAGCCAUCUCCGUUCGCGCAUCAACCAAUCCCUCCUCUACCUACCCUACCUCGUUGCUCCAAGCAAGGCCCUUGCGGAUCCUGUCCAAAAUGGCCAACAAUCUCUACAUCGCCGAUACCCCUGCCGAGGUGUCCCAGGCCAAGGGCCUGCACCUCAUCACCCAAAACACCCCCAACGGCCAGGCCACGCAGAUCAUGCUCGAAGAACUCGCGGACGCGUAUGGGACCACGUGGACCACGACGCUCAUCAACAUCAUGACCAAUGAGCAGAAGAAAGAGUGGUUCCUCCGGCUGAACCCCAACGGACGCAUCCCCGUGCUCGUCGACAACGGACAAUCCCCUCCCUUCCCCAUCAUCGAGACGAGUGCCCAGCUGCUGUAUCUGUUGAAGUUUGCCGACAAAGAGGACAAAUUCGGCUUCAAGGACGAGUUGGAGAGGAACGUGGUGUUGCAGUGGAUGUUCUUCUGGCACGGCGGAGGUGCCCCGUACCAGGGCCAAGUGAACCAUUUUUCGCGGGCGGCCCCCGAGAAGAUUCCCUACGCCAUCAAUCGCUACAAGAACGAAACCCUCCGCGUCUACGGCGUCCUGGAGAUCCGCCUCUCGGGCCAGUUCACGGGCGAACCGCGCGACUACCUGGCCGGACCCGGCAAGGGCAAAUACACCGUCGCGGACAUCAAGACAUGGCCUUGGGUGAAGGGGUGGGAGAGAAGCGGGUUCACCGCGGACGAGAUGAAGCCCUUCCCGCACCUGCUCAAGUGGAUUGACCGGAUUGCUGCGAGGCCGGCGGUCCAGAGGGGCAUUGGCGACAAAUAUGUGCAGAAGUAAGUCCAAAAUAUAAACCAUGUCUUUCCAGUGAGAAAAAAAGGGGAUUCUUGCGCGCCGGAAUUGUCGAAGGAGAUGAGAAUUACGCCUCGAUGAUGUGCAAAGGGAGCACCCACGGCCCUGGACAGUAUAGAGCUAUGAAAAAGAAGAAAACAAUGCCCGGGACUCCAUAUUCCCCCCCAACCAGCUCGCUGGCAGAUUGAUCUCUCCACACUCCCUACGCUCUUGUCAGACACAAUGCAUGCGACUGUUUCUCUACCGUUCGCAGUGAUCUAUUCCCAGUUGGAUAUCGUCCUUUUUCCCGCCCGCACACGUCUCCC